AUGCUUCCUUUCACUGAACUUUUUAUCAACGGACGAUUCGUUCCCUCUAGCACUGGCGAAACGUUUGAAGUGCGCAACCCCUACACAGGAGCCGUUGUCGGUACUUCAGCUUCAGCGUCCAGCGAAGACUGUAAGGAUGCGAUUGAGGCAGCUCAACAGGCUCUCAAAACAUGGGAGAACUCGCCAUUGGCCCAAAGGCGGGAUAUAUACCUUAAGGCAGCGGAGCUUAUCAUGACAGAGAAGUAUCGAGAGAAGAUCUUCCAGGCUAUCAGAGAGGAGACGGCAGGUAGCAACGAACUUGUCAUGAUGAACGUGGCUCCUGUCGCUGGAACGCUGCGCGCACAUGCGGGACUAGUGGAAAGUUUAAGAGGUGAUGUAUAUCCAUCAUUGACUGUCCCGGGAGCGCAGGUGGUUGCCCGUCCCCGAGCUAUGGGCGUGAUCUUUGCAAUCGCCCCAUGGAAUGCGCCGGUCACCCUGGCAUUGAGGGCCGUAUCUAUUCCCAUUUUAUGCGGAAACACUGCUGUGCUCAAGAGCUCGGAAAUUAGUCCUCGAAGCCAUUCGAUUGUUGUUGAACUCUUCAAAGAAGCGGGUUUGCCGGAUGGUGUACUCAAUUUUGUCUCCAUGUCACGAGAUAGCGCCCCUUCCUUGACUUCUGAAAUCAUCGCUCAUCCUGCGAUACGACAUGUAAAUUUCACAGGAAGUGAUCGCGUAGGAAAGAUCAUUGCCAUGGAGGCUGCCAAAUACCUUAAGCCCUGCGUUUUGGAACUAGGAGGGAAAUCACCGGCCAUUGUUCUGAAUGACGCGAAUAUUUCGGAGGCGGCGAGGUCCAUCGUCUUUUCAGCAAUGGCUCACUCUGGACAGGUGUGCAUGGCCACAAGUCGCGUCAUUGCACAACGCGGCAUCUCCGAGCAGCUUUUGUCCGAGGUCAAAUCAUUGAUAACAAACAUUAAAGCAGGCGAUGUCGGGAACGACAAAUCCGUCAUUCUUGGAGCGUUAUUCAGCCCUGGUUCAGCAGAAAACGUCGUCAAAAUGCUGAAGGAAGCGCAGGCGCAAGGCGCCGAAAUUAUUUCAGGAGAUAUCUCAAGAAACGGUGCUGUGGUGCAGCCCCAUUUGGUGGCGAAUGUCAAAUGCGGUAUGCAAAUAUGGGACCGUGAGGUCUUUGGCCCUGCACUCGUAUACGCUGUCGUAGAUACCAUUGAGGAGGCAAUUGAGCUGGCAAACAACACUGACUACUCCCUAUCGGCAUCAGUAUGGUCAAAGGAUCUUGCUGUAGCACAAGAUGUCGCUGCUCGCAUUUAUUCUGGUUAUGCCAACAUAAAUGGUCCUUCAAUCCAUUCAGAACCGGUAGAUGGAUUAGUUGGCCUGGGGGGUGCUUCGGGUUACGGUAGAUUUUCCAUCGAGAAUUUUACCCAUAAACGUAUAGUUGUAACUCACCCUGCUGGAAGGAAGCUUCCUAUUGUUUCCUAA